AACCAGCAGAGAAACCGAAAACCCCGUAAUGCGGAAGUAGGAAGUUAAUGUUCUUAUUACACAUUCAAGAUUAACGAAGGCAACUCGACGUUAGUGAUAUCGUGGUGUUCUGUUCUCGGUUGGGGUUUAACGCCAUAAGUGUUUUGGCAUUGGCUUCCUCAGUGUCGUAGUAGAUGUGCUAUGGCUGGAGCUGAUUGAGAAAUGUCGUGUUACAAUAUGCUCGUAUGUAAAUAUCAUGUUACUGAACGCUCUGAGCACGAAGAGUUUCGCUUGUAAUUUCGGGGCUUGCAUUUUAAAUUGGCUAGUUACUGUAUUAGCGAUUAACGAUAGAGACUGGUGCUUUUCAGACCACAGUCAAUAGAUGUUUACACCUGCUUCAGACUCGAUUAAUGUAUCGGAUGAACGGUAAAACCUGACAUGGAGUAUCUUCUGGAGGCAAUCGAGAUACUAACAAACCCAUCUGGACGCCAAGAGCACUUGAUUAAGUUAAAGGAAGAGGAGCAAAAUCCAAGCCCAUCUUCACCCAAUGUGUUUGGUAUUUGUGUGGAGUUGAAUAAAGAUGAUGAAGUUAAGGAAGCCUCUGACAUGUCUGCAGCCAACAAGGAAUCAUUCCUCCAUGAAACAAGAAUCACGCAUAUGGUACAGGACAAGUUUGGAGUCCCGGAGAAAGAAUCUGAAAUUGGUAAAAGGAAAAAGAGAUGUUCAAGAAUGAGAGCACAAAUAGGAGUCCUGUCUGAUAGGUCACGUCACCAUUGCUUUAAAUGUGGACAAAGCUUCCAAACCUCAGUUCACUUUAAAAGACAUCAACUUGUUCAUUCAGGAGUAAGGUCUCAUGUUUGCCCUGAAUGCAGCAAGAGCUUCGUCACGUCCGGCGAACUUAAAGUGCAUCUGCGUGUUCACACAGGAGAAAAACCGUAUCACUGCUCUGAAUGUGGUAAGAGUUUUGCUCAAACAGGAUCCUUUUCUAAUCACCGGAAACUUCAUAAAAAUGAAAAAAUGCAUCACUGCUCUGAGUGUCAAAAGGGUUUCUAUCAACUUUCUGAACUACAGGCACACAGAAGGGUUCAUACCGGAGAGAAACCUUACCUAUGCACACAAUGCUGGAAGGGUUUUACUACAGCUGGGGCAUUGCGAGUUCAUGUACGAACUCACACUGGUGAAAAACCUUAUGAGUGCAAAGAGUGCGGGAAGAAAUUCUGUCAGCUGGGAGGACUCAAGGUUCACCAACGUGUUCAUUCAGGAGAGAGGCCUUACACAUGCUCCGUAUGUGAGAAGCGCUUCAAGGGACAUGCAAAUUUGAUUGCACAUCAACGCAUUCACACUGGAGAAAAAACGCAUAGAUGCACUGUAUGCAGAAAGACAUUCACUGACAGCAGGAGACUAAAAGAGCAUGAGCCACCUCAAUCAGUAGAGACACCAUUCCGGUGUAGCGUGUGUAGUGAAACUUUCAGAGCUUUCUGUCAAAUGAAAGAACACCAGCAAUGCCACAGAAGUGAGAAGCGCCAUCAGUGCUCUGAGUGUGGAAAGGCCUUCACACAAUUAUAUUUACUCAAGAAUCACCAGCGUGCUCACUCGGAUGAGAGGCCCUAUUCUUGUACAGAAUGUGGAAAGAGCUUUCGCCGGACAUAUGACCUGAAAAUGCACCUGAAUAUCCACAGUGAAGCAAGACCUCAUCAUUGCUCUGAGUGUGGCAAGAGCUUCCGGAGGGCUGCAGAGCUUAGACUACAUCAGAGAGUUCAUACAGGAGAAAAGCCGUACCCUUGCUCCUUCUGCGGAAUGGGCUUUAAACAGACGUCACAACUCAAAGUGCAUGAGCGCACUCACACAGGAGAAAGGCCCUUCCCUUGCCCUGAGUGUGGGAAGACCUUUAAAGACAAGCGAAGUCUGUUAACACACCAGAGAGUGCACCACAAAUAAAUGUUUUGUGCAAAAGUUUUAGGCAGUUGUGAAAAAUGUUGUACAUUUUGAGGAUGUUUUUAAAAAAAUAAUGGCAUAAAUAAUUUUAAUUGAUCAAUUAACUUCAUACAAAGUCCAGUAAAUAUAUAUAUAUAUAAAAAAAAAAAAAAAAAACGAAAUCAAUAUUUUGUGUGACCACCCUAUGCCUUUAAAACAGCACCAAUUUUCCCAGGUACACUUGCACACAGUUUUUCAAUGUUGUUGGUAGAUGAGUUGUUCUAAGCAUCUUGGAGAACUUGCACAGAUGUAUUUAAGCUGUCUCAGUUGCUUUUGUCUCUUCAUGUAAUCCCAUGCCAUCCAUGUGGAGGCCAGACCAUCUAUUGUAGAACUCCUUGUUCUACAUCUAUUUUAUUCUAUUUGUUAAAGGAAUUUUGAAAUCUAAAAUAGCUGUUUCCUACAUACACACUAAAGCUGAAGAUUAAAAUAACCACCUUAAGACAAAUGUUUAGGUGAAACAUUUAAUGUACCUACAUAUUGAGCACAGUUUAAAAAUGUUAGCUUCAUGCUAAAAUUGCAUAUGUUAUAUAUUAUAUGUUUUGGUUGUGAGACCCUAGUGUGAAAAUACAGAUUACUGAUGCUUUUAAUCUUGCUGGUGUCUUACACUCUCCAUAUAAUGAAGCUUUUGGAGGAUGGUAAGGAAUCAUGUACCUUAUUCAUCAUUCAUUCAUCUGUCUAGGGAAAUUCUUUGUUCUUUAAACAAGAAUUGGUCAUAGACUUUUAGGGUUUUCAUGCAGGUGGGACAAAUUUGUAUAUGCUUUUAUCAAAUAUUUUAAUGUAAAAUCAAUUAAAUAAUUUGUUUUUAUUUGUGUAUUUAUCAUUUAUAUUCUAAAUAGAUCAUAUUGUAUUGUAAUAAUGAAAACAAUUAUAUUUUUGGUGUAUAUUUGGUGUAUGUAUAGUUGUUUUAA